AUGGAAGUGGGCUGGGAGCUGGAGGACGAUCUGUUCUUCGCGGACCUGAGCGAGCGAAUCGCCCUUCUGAUCAUGGAGGAGAAGGACGACGACGACGAUGGUGGCGGCGCCGCUGAGGAGUCCUUCUGGCGGCGGCGGCGGGAGGGGAUUCCCUUCCAGGUGAGAGCCCUCUUCCACGCCCCUCCCCCCCACCACCGCAGCGAGUGGGUGAGAUGGCUGAGAUUCCCAGAGCUGCUCGCGUUUUCAGGCCUUCGCGGCGGCGCCGCCGUCGUUGCCGGAGCGGCCUGGGGUGAGAGGAAUCAGGGGCACCGGCGUCUUCAUCCCCCAGUCCUCCCUCCCCAGAAGAAAGCCCAGAAACGGCAAGUCGACCCAUCCCGGCAAACCCAAGCCCGCCGCCGCCGCCCCCGCCGCCAAGCCCUGCGGCCAUCGCCACCGGAAGCCGGCGAGGGAGCUCCGAUGGUAG